ACACACACACACACACAGAUGAGCUUAUUUAGCCUUUGUGGUAGUCCAUUAUAUCUGCUCUAUCACAUGUGAGUCGUGCUGUAAAGACAGACGUGCUUUCAUUUUUAAAGCUAAUGGCCGCAGAAGAACCCUUUGGGGUUUUGUCUUUCUUGGAAAUAAUGGCUUCCUUCCUCAAUAGUUCUCACAGCUGUGGUGGUUUAUUAUGCUUCAUAGCUUUGUUAGCUGUUCAGCUGAAGAAAUGGUGCUGGUUUGUUCGCAGUUACCAUGGUGAUAACAAUGCUUGGGCUGCAGCAAGCAGGCUCUGCCUUUCUAUUAAUGGUAACUUUUUCUGUCACUUUUGGUUGUGACAACUCCUUUGGGACGACUGCGUUUGCUCGCCACUUGUCGCCUCUGCAGUCGUCAAAGUGUGUGUGUGUGUGUGGGUGUGUUUGUGUGUGUGAUGCAGAGAGAUGGUUAAGUGAGCACAUCUGUACUAUCCAGUUUGCUGAUGCUGUAGCUUUCCCUCCUAAAUGAAUCUGAUGGUUACACACAAUGACAGGGUGUGGCGCACACAUGCUGCUGCAAUGCUUGUACAUGAUAUAUUGCUCCAGCUCAUCUGUGCACCAAAUGUAUACUGUACAUUUAUAGUAUCUCACCUAAAGUGGCAUCUUCUAGUCGUUGUGGUCAGAACACAGGUUAACAUGGGAAUUGAACGACAGAAAGGCUGUUUUAGACCCAUCAGACUGUAAAAGCUCAUUUAAGCUGCCUAUAUGUAUGAAAAGAGAUUUGUCCGUUUCAAACUGUGUAACUGUCAAUGCCCACAUACUUCCAUGCAUCUUUUACGUGGGCAUGGUUGUUCGGUAAUACAUCCCCUAGAGGGCAGAUCAGAGUCAAGAGUCAAGUUUCAGACAACAAUAAACAUGAUGACGGUGGAGGAGGUUGAGAUAAUGUACCUUUUAAGAAAGAGGCAAAAGGGGAUGUUUGUCCCUGUGCCAGUGCGAAGUAACAUCAUAUAGACGCCUGUAGUUACUUUCCAACUUGCAAACUCUCCUUAAAAAGUGCCACCAUUGUUAAAAUGUCUUCCUUGUCAUAUUUUAGCUAUUGGCUACUUGGCCCCCCAACAAUUUCCGCUGGUGCUGCUCAGUUUCGUCUGCAUCCUGAAGACAGAUAUGAUUGAAAUGAGCGUAGAGACGGUUCUGGUUUCUGUACACGUAUCUAACAUUGAGCAGAAAUGAGCCUUUAGCUAUUCUGUGAUCGUACUUGGCAGUGAAAUGUGUAGGGCAAAGAGACCUCCCCCUGCAGUAAUCAGUAAGGUACCACGAAAAAAAGUGUGAAAAUACUUAUGCUGCAGCCCCCCCUCCUUUUUUUUCUGCCUACCUCCUCUUUCAUUCUUUGCAUUCUUGUUUCUCAUUUCUCUGCCUCUCAAUUGCAUUUCUGCCAGGAUUAAAUAUCUUGCUGGAAUCUCUGUCACUUAUCCACGGUGGCUCAUUGUGUGGAGCCCUAACCCUGACCCGAUGUUUGACUUUCAUCUUCUGCUUUUCUAAUUUUUUCUUUCAUUCUCGGUUGAUCCUUCUCUGAGAAAGCAGAAAUGCCCUAAACAGAGAUUACAUUUUGGAACUUUCUCUGCUUUCGAAGUAGUUAAGCACUGGUGCAAGGGUGAUGGGUCAGAUUCUCUCUUAAUGCAUCCAUCCUCUUACUAUCUAUACAGUGUAUACACUGUAUAGAAUUGUAUAAAAGCAUUUACUUUAUGGAAUCCACUAUAAUCCAAAUUACUUUUCACAUAUCUUAUUCAGGUAUAUCGGUAUAGUAACACCAGUAUAAUCAUUCUUCCUUAAGAAGUACUUAUUUUUUGUGGAGCCAAAAGUACCACAUUGGUGUACUCCACAUCAAAGGACUUUAUCUGUAGGGACCCUUUUAAUUCUGCUCAGUCUGAUGAACAGUGUCAACAGAACGAGGGUUGCCUGGCCUGGAGCCAAGCAAGAGACUGGCAUUGGUUGCUUUUGGAUUUUCAGUUUCAGUAUGAGCUAACAGGAUGUUUCAAAACACCAAAGUGAGAUAUUAGGGAGGACUUAACUUUUUGUGUCUUUCAGUACUGAAGGGUCUCGAGGUAAUGGAUCUUUGCUGGUUCUGCGAUAUCAGUUUAAAAUCCAGGUAGUUGAAUUCUUGAUCUAAUGAUAACUUCCUAGACAAAUUCAGCUCUUUGCAUGAAUGUCAUCUGUGAAAGGAAAAGACGUUUCUCUGCAGUGUGGUCUUACUCAUCUCGUCAGCCUCCAGAGUCUAGAGAAUUUCCUCUGUCUCUUCCACUACGUGCAGCAUCACCCCAACCACAGCACCAAAGAUGCCCUGAAGUUCUGCUCAGAUAUGAGUGGGGCCAGUAACACUCUGGCGAGGGAGUUCCUGACUGAUGUACAUCAACUAUGCAGUGCGGUGGCUCAGAGAGCAGAGGCACGGGAGGAAGACGAGGAGGAGAGUCACAUGGUGGCACUGGGGGAGUACCUGGUCAGGGGACGUGGCUUCCUGCUGCUCAGCACCCUUGACUCAAUUAUUGACCAGGAGCUGACCUGUCGAGAGGAGCUGCUCACUUUGCUGCUGUCUCUUCUGCCGCUGGUCUGGAAGAUCCCUGUUCAGGAGGAAAAGGCCCCAGAUUUCACGCUGCCGUCCCUACUGGAGGUAUUCCUCGGCCGGGAGGUGAAGGCCGUCCCUCUCAAGGCAGGACAGAAGGCUGCGACAGAUGAGCAGAACUCUGGGAAGAGGUCCCGCGUUGGCAGCGGAACCUGGAAGUCAAGGAGGUCGCACCGAGCAGCACAGAGGUACUCUGUAAAGGAUGCUCGUAAGUCCCAGGUUUCUACCUCAGAUUCAGAAGCGAACUCUGAAGACAAAGCAGGUGCAGGUGGUGCGAGGAGUCGAAGAUCACACAGUUCCACGAUCAGGUUAAGCUGUCAGCAUCAUCGUUCGGAGGCCUCGCAGUUCGCAUCCACUACCAGCACCACCACAGAAAUCAUGAGUGCACCAUACCCACAUCCCCGACCGCCUGGGUCCCAGACAGUGGACACUGAAACCCUGACAGACCCAGCUGCAAUAUCAAUAUUUAACCGCAUGGAAAACUCACCGUUUGAUCUCUGUCAUGUGUUGCUUUCCUUGUUGGAGAAGGUGUGUAAGUUUGACAUGAACAUCAACCACAACCCUGGCCUGGCGGUCAGUGUUGUUCCGACUCUCACUGAGAUCCUUACUGAGUUUGGCGACUGUGGUCCAGGAGGUGGCAGUGGAACCGGGGCGGAGGAGCUUGCUGGAGGCUGGACCGAAGAGCCCAUUGCCUUGGUCCAGAGGAUGCUACUACGCACCAUCUUGCACCUGAUGUCAGUUGAUGUGAGUCAGAGUGAAACCCUUCCAGACAGCCUGAGACGCAGCCUGACAGACCUGCUACGAGCCACCCUCAAAAUCCGAAGCUGCUUGGACAGACAGACCAACCCCUUUGCACCUAGGCCCAAGAAAACCUUGCAGGAGGUCCAGGAUGACUUUUCAUUCUCCCGCUAUCGUCACAGGGCUUUACUGCUGCCAGAGCUUCUAGAGGGAGUACUGCAAGUGCUGCUGGGUUGCCUGCAGGCUUCCACACCCAACCCCUUCUUCUUUAGCCAGGCACUGGAGCUUAUCCAUGAAUUUGUCCAGCGCCGGGGACUAGAGCUGUUUGAGGCCACCGUGUUGCGGCUGGAGGGGCUUGGCAGGGCGAGGGAUUCUGAAGUAGGAGGUGAGGCUUCUGAGAGGCUAAAAGGUCUGAUUGCAGGGGUCUUCAAGAUCAUAAGUGCCAUCAAGAAGGCAAAGUCAGAGCAGCUGCAUCAGUCUGUGUGUGCCCGACGCCGCCAUCGUCGCUGUGAAUAUUCACACUUCCUACACCACCACAGAGACCUGUCAGGUUUGCCCGUCUCUGCUUUCAAGCAGGCAGCUAGACGCAACCCCUUUGAAGAGGAUAUAGAUGGCAAGGAAGAGAUGGAGGGGGACGCAGUGCGCUACCCUGAGCGGUGCUGCUGCUUGGCUGCCUGUGCUCACCAAUGUUUGCGGCUCUUGCAGCGCCUCUCCCCUAGUGGACCAGCUGUACUUCAGGUGCUUGCUGGGGUGCAGGCUGUUGGAAUAUGCUGCUGUAUGGACCCCCGCUCAGUUGUAGGACCCCUGCUGCAUGCCUUCCAAGCUCACGGUCUGCGUAGUUACCAGUCUCAUGUUCUCAGUGUGCUGAGUAGACUGAUCCUAGACCAGCUUGGCGGGGGACAGCCCUCAGAGAAAGCCAAACUGGCUUCCUGUAACAUCUGCACUCUGGACAGCAGUCAGCUGCCAGGCCUGGAGGAAACGCUGCAGCAUGGGGAACCUUCAGCAGUUUCUACCAGUCUGUGCUACCGCUCCCAAGGUAUUCUGCCAAGUGGAGGGGGGGCAGAGGACAUGUUGUGGAAGUGGGACGCCCUCGAGGCCUAUCAGGAGCUAGUGUUUGGUGAUGACUGGCAGUUGAGUCAGCAGAUAGCUGGCCAUGUUUGCCACCUGACCUUGCGGGGCAAUGCUAUUGUGCAGUGGCAGCUCUACACACACAUCUUCAACCCUGUGCUUCAGAGAGGAGUGGAGCUAGCUCACCAUGCCCAACAGCUGGGAGUUUCCACUGUGUGUACUCAGGUCUGCAGCUAUCAUACGCAGUGUCUGCCUGUGGAGGUGUUGCUCAUAUACCUGCAAACGUUACCUGCCCUCCUCAAAUCAAGGGUUAUUAGAGACCUUUUCAUCAGUUGUAACGGGCUUAAUCAGGUGACAGAGCUCGUCUACCUUGACCAGACCCGCUCUUUGGCUUUGAAGGUGUUUGAGAUUCUGAUCAUUGGAAUCGGACACCAGCCGGCUUACGGGGUGCUUCAGGAGGUGGAGGGUGCUGAUACCGAUGAAACAGAGGCUGUCUUGAGCCUUGCUGAGGAACUGGGGUCCCGAGGGGCUGGAGAGGGCCCGCAGAGCCUAAGCAAGUUCUACGAAGGCUUAAAGGAGGCAUAUCCACGUCACAAAAGUCGGAGCGGGCAAGGUCGUGGACCAGGCCGCAGCCGAGCAGAGACGCACCUCCACGUUAUCAACCUCUUCCUGUGUGUGGCCUUCCUCUGUGUCAGCAAAGAGGCUGAUUCUGACCGGGACUCGGCUAAUGACUCUGAGGACACCUCAGGUUAUGAUAGUACAGCCAGCGAACCUCUUGGCGGGAGGCUGCCUUACCUGUCCCCAGAUAGUGUAGCUCUGCCCUCCAAAGAGCAGGUGCGACGUGCAGCAGAUGUCUGGUCAGUGUGUCGGUGGAUCUACCUGGCCAGUCCCUUGUUCCAGAGGCAGUUCUUCAGGCUAGGUGGACUGGAUGUCUGCCUGCGUCUAAUGGCCAUGGUUAUCCAAAAACUUUCCUGUAAGACCAAGGAUGGGAAAGCGAAGAAGAAGAGGGAGGGCAAGGGCAAAGGCAGCCCUGAGUCCACUGUGCCGGUCACACUGGAGGAGACUACAUAUGAUUCAGCCGACACCCUCUGCCCUGGUCAGGGUGAGGGAAAGACCAAAGAUCCUGCAAAGAAAUUUGAGGAGGAGUGGCAGCUUCAAAGUAUUCGUCUGCUUGAGGCUCUGCUGGCUAUCUGUCUGCACAGCUCUAACUCAGCCCUGCAGAGGAUAGAGCCGGAACUUUCUUAUCAGCUCCAGUCAGUGGAAGAAACCCUGUUUGAGGUGAGAGACCAGCUCUCUCGCUCAGGGGUGGUGAACUCUGACCUUGCUGUACCUCUGUUUGACUCUCUCCUGAGAGUGGCUUUGGCUGAGGUGUCAUCCUGUCCUGAUCCCCCUGAGGAAAAGCCAGACAGGGUGAGUCCUGCCUCGGGAAAACCUAAGCUCCAGGUGUUGGCGGAGGGGGCAGCUCCAGCAGACGAUCUCUCCGAGGAGGUGGACGAGGUGCAGAGCUGCGGCGUUAAGCCCCCAGGGGAGGAGGAGGGCUACGACGCCGACAGCGAAAGUAACCCUGAGGACAUGGCCAAGCAGGAAGAGGGAGUCAAGUUGGAGCCCAGCGGGCUGCGGGAGUUUGCAGCGGUGGUGGACGGGCCCGGGCGUGGUGUUCUGCUCUUCCCCGAGAUCUGUAAAAUGGAGCUGCAGCUUCUCGCAACUGGGUCCCCCGACUUGGAGGUUCUGAGUCAUGUGUUUCACAGCUUGCUGGAUGCAGUACACGCCGACCACCGCAAUGCUGCCUUACUCUAUGAUCAGGGAGGAGUCAAAACCAUUCUCUCUGGCUUUCACAACAUCCUCAGCCAAACCGAUCCCUCCUUCACAGAUUGCCAGACUGUGCUAGUGGAGCUGCUGGUUGCCAUGGUGAGCCAGCGAAUCACAGCGGAGGAACUGGCCCUAUUGAUUCGCCUCUUCCUGGAGAAGACCCCACCUACUGAGAUUUUACUGAAGGGCAUCCUGCAAGUUGUUGAAGCCAAUGUGAAUAUGGAACCUCUCCACUUCCUGACCUUUCCAAUAAUCCUUGGGGCUUCGACACAAGGAGGGGUGUCCCCCAGCUCCAGACAGAACGGUGCUGCUGGUGGCAAAAGUGUUGGUUUGCUCUGGAAGGGGAAACUCUCUCCUGGGCGCAGAGAGGGGGAUGCCGAAUACGGACCGAGCCAUGUCCGUUCCUCUCCCUGGCACAUCGCUCCUCUCCACUUGCCCUUAGUAGGGCAGAACUGCUGGCCCCACAUGGCCAGUGGUUUCAGCGCCUCUAUGUGGCUGUGGGUAGCAGAGCAGGAGGAGAAGGAAAGGGACAAAGACAAGGGUGAGACACACACACUUUACCAAGAAGCUUGUUUGCCUGAUGACCAUAAAAUUGAACUAGUUUUGAGAUUCCUCUCUCAUUGUUUUCCAGAAGAGAGUAACCCUCCUGCAGCUGAGUCGCUCCUGGGCUGCUCUCAGGCUGGGACAGGAUUAGUAGAAGAAGGCCUCAUUCAUAUUCUGUCCAUGGGCUCUAAGGCACUGAUGCUUCAAGUGUGGGCUGACUUCUCCACAGGCUCUCUAACAUUCAGAAUUUGUAUAGACCCAAAUGAUGAGAUAAAAGCUGGGCUACUGGCGCAGGCAGACUCUGCUGAGGGGUUGCUCAGGCCAGGCCAGUGGCAGCACCUCGGCCUCACGUACACCCAGCAGCCCGAGGGCAAGAAGAACAUCCAUGGCCGAGUGGUUGUUUGGGUGUGUGGCAUCAGGAAUUGUGAGGUUUCUUUGGACUACACGCUACCUAGAAAGUCAAGUUUAUCGUCUGACAGCAACAAAACUUUCUGCAUGUUGGGCCACUGUGCGCCGUUCUGUGAAGAGCUGUUGAAGCAGGGUGGACGCUGGAGAAUGGGCACUGUGCUUCUCUUCAACGGGUCUAGAAUUGGAUCUGAGGAAGCCUUCUACCUGUACACCCGUGGGCCCGACCUUACCUCGAUCAUGCCCUGCAAAUACGGCAAGCCCAGUGGGUCAUUCUCCAAGUUUGUCACUAAGGAAGGGCUAAAGUGUGACCAUGUGCGAGAGAUCCUAAUGAAGAACAAGGAUGUGGACACAACAGCUUUGGUGGAGAGCUUGGCAGUGGUGUAUGCCCCCGGCAGCCCCAGCGUCUAUACUAUCUACGAGCCUGUAAUCAGACUGAAGGGUCAGGCCAAGACAGUGGUCACCCAGCGACCCUUCAGCUCCAAAGAGGUGCAUAGUGUUUCCCUGGAGCCCAACACUCUCAGGGCUCUGCUCCCCACCGAAACUAAAGGCCUGCAGAGCGUCCUACAUUGGAUCGGAGGAACGGGAAAUUUCGUCUUCCUCUUUGCACAGACUGUGGAGCUGUGUGACUGUGAGAAGACCCAGGCUCUGGCCCUGCAGGUGCUGCUGUCUCUGUCCAAGUUCAACCAACACCGUAUCCACGAAAUGGACUGUUACCAUGGUUACUCUAUGAUCCACCAGGUCCUCAUAAAGUCGAAAUGCAUCGUGGGAUAUCAUAUGCUGAAAACGCUGCUGGAUGGGUGUUGCAGUGGACCCAUUCUCAUCCUGGGGGAUGAUGGGCAGUUUCGUUUGGACACCGAGUCCAUCGCUGUGGUGCAGGACAUCCGGCUUCUCUCAGAUGUCCUGUUGGACUGGAAGAUCUGGGCCAAGGCCGAGUGCGGAGUGUGGGAAACGCUGCUCGCUGCCUUAGAGAUCCUCAUCAGGGUCCACCACCCUGAUCAGGUUUUCAACAUCCGUCAGUUUCUGAAGGCUGAAGUUGUGCAUCGCUUCCUGCUCACCUGCCAGGUGCUACAGGAGCACCGGGACGAGCAUCUGACUGCCAUCCCACAGGAAGUCUGUUUGUCAUUCGUCAAAAUCAUCCAGGAAGUGCUCGGGUCACCUCCAGAUAUGGACCUGCUCAAACUGAUCUACAACUUCCUGCUGGCUGUUCACCCCCCAACCAACACUUAUGUCAGCCACACUCCAUCCAGCUUCUACUUCUCACUGCACAUGGAUGGGAAGCUGUACCAGGAGAAGGUGCAGUCCAUUAUGUACCUGAGACGCUCCAACAGCGGAGGGAAGUCUGCCAGCAGCUCUGUAGUGUCACUCUCCCCGACCGUCUUCACUGACGCUCAUGGCGAAGGCCCUUCCCCUGAACAUGGAGGUGAUGAUCUGUCGUUACGCCCACCCAGUCUGGCGCCAUCUCCAUACUCCUCCCCGCUGCUGACACCUCGACUCGGACACGCUAGCUCAAAUGAGGCCAGCGAAGGUGACAGGGUCUCUCUUGCCACUCAGCAGGCUCGGGGCAGCACAGAAACGCUCAAGAAGGGCGGAGGUUGUGACGAGCAGCUCCUGAGCAGCUGUGAAUCAGCCAAGACAAUCUGCGACUCUAAGGACUCAGGUGAGGGGGGAGCCCUGCGCACGCCCUCCAUCAGCGUGGAGGAGGAGCGGGACGAGGCGGCAGAUGUGGACAGCCUGGCAGAGGGAAGCGUGGGGGUGGCAGAGUCUGAGGACAGGUUUGACUGGGCCAGUGACGAGACACCGCGGCGUCCUGACAGUCUGAAAGGGAUUCAGUCCUUCCAGAGGAGCCACAGCAACCUGGCUAGUCUGGGCCUGGCCUUUCCAGCUCCUAACGGUUCGUUGGCUGUUGGCCGAUGGCCCAGUGCAGCUGACCGAGGCUCCAUGCCUGAAGACUGGGAGAGUUACACUUACUCUCCUGGCUAUGAGAGGGCCCAGAGCAAGACAGAGUCCAAUGACAGGUCCAGUACUGAGGACUGCCUGGUGCUGAUCUGCUGCGGACUCUAUGAUCUUCUGAGGGGCGUCUUGCUGCUGUUGCCUGAUCUCAUGCUCGAGGAGGUGAUGGACAAACUCAUCCAGCCAGAGGCUCUCAUCGUUCUGGUCAACCACUCGUCACCGCUCAUACAGCAAGGAGUCAUGAAGCUGUUGGAUGCCUACUUCAGCCGUGCUCUCAAGGAGCAGAAGGAGAAAUUUCUGAAGAACCAUGGUUUCUCACUGCUGGCCAACCAGCUGUACAUCCACCAGGGCAGCCAGGGGCUUCUUGAAUGCUUCCUGGAGAUGCUAUUUGGACGGCCUGUGGGCCUGGAAGAAGAUUUGGACCUGGAGGAAAUGGAAAAUAUCUCUCCUUUCAGAAAGCGCUGCAUAAUCCCCGUCUUGGGCCUUAUUGAGAACUCUUUGUAUGAGAACUCCCUGGUGCACAACAUCUUGUGUAUGCUGCUGCAGCUUCUCAACGCCUGCCCUAAGCUGGCUGACAUCCUGCUCGACCAUGGGCUGCUCUACGUGCUCUUUAACACCCUCUCCACCCUCAAUGGCAUGGAGAAUAGUAUUCCCCUGAAUGACUACAAGCUCUUGGUGUGUGACAUCCAGCAGCUGUUAGUGGCUGUGACAAUCCACUCCUGCAGCUCCUCAGGGUCCCAGUACUUCCGCAUCAUCGAAGACCUCAUUACCUUGUUGGGUUUCAUGCAAACCAGCAAGAUGCGUCGCACGCAGGAGAUGGCCGUAGCGUUGCAGUUCCGCGUCCUUCAGUCUGCUAUCGAGUUUAUUAAGACGACAGCCAAUCAGGAACCUCAGAAGCUGAGCAGCUCAGUUAAUUCAUCGAGCUCUCCACAUCAUGCCAUCCAUCAGAAGCGCAAGAGCAUUGCAGGUUCCAUUGCCAUGAAAGACUCCAUUAUCCCCCGCAUCCCCAGACAGCACUACUGCUCCUAUGGCCAGAUUCCCCUGUCCCCUCCCUUCAGCUUCCUGUCCCAGGACUCCCCCCUCAACUCCCCCUCAGGAGCUCCAUCCUACAUGCUCCACUGUGACGCAGGCCGUCGUCGGUUCUCUCUGGCGCAGACUGACUCCCUCCUGAUGCGGAUGCGCUCAGUAGCCAGCGAUGAGCUCAACCAGAUGAUGCAGAGGAGAAUGAGCCAGGAAAACCCCAUUCGUGCUAGCGAGACAGAGUUCGUCCAACGGCUGCAGAGGCUUGUUGUUCUUGCUGUGAACAGACUCAUUUACCAUGAUGUGAGUCAGGACUUGUUUGACCUCCUGAAUAUCCCAGACUCCCCAGACCAACAGCUUUUCACACCAGAUCCAGGUGAUCAACUACAUGACGAGAGUGGCUCCGCCUCCCUCCCGCACUCUCCGACUCCCUUCAUCCUGCCGCUGGCCAGCAAGAAGAGCUUUCAGAAAGACAUCCUCAAGCUCAUGAUGGAUGGGAUUAAAAUCAGCCUGGGCAGCACGGGUCGGGGAGGAGCCCCACAUCAGCAGUGGCGAAGGAUCCUUUGGUCGUGCCGGGACACCUUUCGGGUCCAAAUUGGUCGCCUGCUGGUGCACACACUCAGCCCCGCACUUCCCCUGUGUGACAGGAAGGAGACGCUGGAGUUUGUGUUUGAUCCCAGACAUUUGGAUAUCCUCAAGGAGAGUCUCAGCCCGGGUCUAGAGCACGGACCAAAGUUGUCGCUGUACCUGUACGAGAUGCUGCACGAUCACAAGGACAGCCUCACCAAAGAUGAGCAGCAUGCCGUGGGUGUGUUCAUGACCUCGCUCAAGCUUUGUGGCCAUCGAUGCAUCCCACCCAAUGCUCCACACAAACAAGACUUGCUCAGGGCCAUAAAAGAAGAAAAAAUCAAGUAUGAAACCGAAGAGAAAACAAGCAAAGUGGCGUGGGAAAAGAAGAUGGCAAACACUCAGAGGAAUCUUAUCCAGAGGCUUGAUGGAAAGUCCAAGGACAUUUCCAAGAUUGCAGCUGAUAUCACUCAGAAUGUGUCUCUGCGGCAAGGCAUGGAGAGGAAGAAAGUCAUCCAGCACAUCAGGGGACUCUACAAGACGGACCUCAGCGCCAGCCGCCACUGGCAGGAGCUGGUGCAACAACUCACUCAUGACCGAGCGGUGUGGUACGACCAGACAUCCUACCCAACAUCCUGGCAGUUGGACCCCACUGAGGGGCCGAACCGGGAGCGACGACGGCUACAGAGAUGCUACCUUACCAUCCCCAACAAAUAUCUGCUCAAAGACAGACGCAAACCUGAAGACACUAUGACGCCACCGCUUUCCUUCCUGUUUGAGGAUAAGACUCACUCCUCCUUCUCCUCCACUGUCAAAGACAAAGCCACCAGCGAGCCCAUCAGGUUCACCAGACGGUGCAUCAGCGUCGCCCCCUCCAGAGAGACAGCAGGGGAGCUACUUCUGGGAAAGUCUGGGAUGUACUUUGUGGAGGACAAUGCCGCGGAUGCUCAUGACAACCAGAGUCUUCACGGGGAGACGGAGGCACCUUCUUUUUCCUGGACAUAUGAGGAGAUCAAAGAGGUGCACAAGCGCUGGUGGCAGCUGAGAGACAACGCUGUGGAGAUAUUCCUCACUAAUGGCAGGACCCUGCUGAUAGCCUUCGACACCACCAAGUUCCGUGACGACGUCUACCACAACAUCCUGACCUCUGAUCUGCCCAACCUGCUGGAGCACGGAAACAUCACGGCCCUCACGCAGCUGUGGGGCUCUGGUCAGAUCUCUAACUUCGAGUACCUCACACAUCUGAACAAGCACGCGGGGCGCUCCUUCAAUGACCUCAUGCAGUACCCUGUGUUCCCCUUUAUCCUGCGAGAUUACACCAGUGAGACACUCGACCUGCAGGACCCAAACAUCUACAGGAAUUUGAACAAACCCAUUGCAGUCCAGUCAAAAGAAAAAGAGGAUCGUUACGUGGACAACUACAAGUACCUGGAGGAGGAGUACAAGAAGGGUGUACGUGAGGAUGACCCCAUGCCUCCUGUUCAGCCGUACCACUACGGCUCUCACUACUCCAACAGCGGCACUGUUCUGCACUUCCUGGUCCGAAUGCCACCGUUUACCAAGAUGUUCCUCGCGUACCAGGACCAGAGCUUUGAUAUCCCGGACCGAACGUUCCACUCCAUGAACACCACGUGGAGACUGUCUUCCUUCGAGUCCAUGACUGACGUAAAAGAGCUCAUCCCAGAGUUUUUCUACCUCCCAGAAUUCCUGGUCAACAGAGAGGGUUUUGAUUUUGGGGUACGUCAGAACGGCGAGAGGGUGAAUCACGUGAAUUUGCCGCCCUGGGCUCGCAACGAUCCGCGUCUGUUCAUCCUGAUCCACCGACAGGCGCUAGAGUCCGAGCAGGUCUCCCAGACGCUGUGCCAGUGGAUCGACCUGGUGUUCGGGCUCAAGCAGAAAGGCAAAGCUGCAGUCCAGGCCAUCAAUGUCUUCCACCCUGCUACGUAUUUUGGCAUGGACGUGUCAUCUGUAGAAGACCCAGUGCAGCGCCGGGCCCUGGAGACGAUGAUCAAGACGUAUGGACAGACACCCAGGCAGCUCUUCAGCGCCUCUCAUAUGAGCAGGGCCAGCACCAAACUCAUGAUGGAGGGGGAGCUGCCAGCCGCCAUGGGACUCCUGGUUCAGCUGGCCUUCAGAGAAACCAGAGAACAGGCCAAGGAAAUAUCUUGCCCGAGCCCUCUGCCGUGGAUCAAAGGUCUGAAGUGGGGUGAGUACGUGGGCUCGCCCUCGGCUCCAGACCCAGUGGUGUGCUUCAGUCAGCCGCACGGGGAGAGGUUCGGAUCCCUGCUGGCGCUGCCGACGCGAGCCAUCUGCGGGCUCUCUUGCAAGUUCUGCCUCAUGAUGAUUUACAGCAAGGAGCAAGGUGUUCGGAGCAUGCACAGCACAGACAUCCAGUGGUCAGCCAUUUUGAGUUGGGGCUACGCAGACAACAUAUUGAGGCUGAAGAGCAAACAGAGUGAACCACCUAUCAACUUUAUACAGUGUUCACAACUUCACCAGGUGACCAGCUGUGCCUGGGUGCCCGAUGGCUGCCAGCUAUUUACAGGUAGCAAGUGUGGAGUCAUCACCGCCUACAGCAACCGCUUCACCAGCACCACGCCAUCAGAGAUGGAGGUGGAAUCUCAGGUUCACCUGUACGGACACACAGGGGAGGUCACCGGCCUGUUUGUCUGCAAACCGUACAGCAUCCUCAUCAGUGUCAGCGAAGACGGCACCUGCAUCCUUUGGGACCUCAACAGACUUUGCUAUGUACAAAGCCUCACAGGCCACAAAAGCCCGGUGACUGCCGUCUCCGCCAGCGAGACCACAGGUGACAUUGCAACAGUUUGUGACUCAGUUGGCGGAGGCAGCGACCUGCGUCUGUGGACGGUGAAUGGCGACCUGAUUGGUCACGUCCACUGCAGAGAGAUCAUCUGCUCCGUGGCCUUCUCCAACCAGCCGGAGGGUGUGUCUGUGAACGUCAUCGCCGGCGGGCUGGAGAAUGGUGUCGUCAGGUUGUGGAGCACCUGGGAUUUAAAACCAGUGAGAGAGAUCACCUUUCCCAAAUCAAGCAAACCCAUCAUCAGCCUGACGUACUCGUGUGACGGACACCACCUCUACACAGCCAACAACGAGGGGACGGUGAUGGCGUGGUGUCGACGGGACCAGCAGCGCAUGAAGCUGCCCAUGUUCUACUCCUUCCUGAGCAGCUACGCCGCAGGCUGAUGGUGUGUCUGAUGUUUACCCCAGUCCAGUUCGCAGCAAGAGAGGCACCCUCCUCCUCCUCCUCCUUCUCCUCCUUUCCUCCUUCUCCCUCUCCUCCUCCUCGGGGGAGGACUUGUCAGCAUGGCAUCAAGCUCCCUGAUUCCUCCUUGACUUUGAACUAAAGCCAUCCCCAGCUGAGCAAACUCUUCUCCCAGCAUCAAGAAAUGAUUAUAUAAAAUAGUAUUAUAUGUAUAUAAAUAUAUAUUUAUAAACAUACUGAAGUUGAAUGUUUUGGGGGGUUGAUGAACAUUGGUCUGAGGCUGCAACAGACACAUGAAAUGCAUUUCUGAGCGUAUGUUUGGUUUGUUGAGUCUUCUCAUUCUUUUGUUUCUGACUGUUGAGAUUUUGUUGUGUAAAGUUCCUUGUGUGAUUUUCUUGGUAAGCUGCUAUCGUCUGGCCAAAGCCAGACCCAAAGUGUGAAGACCCCCGGUCUCUCAUUUCUUCGCCGCUCCGAUCUCCCGCAGCGCCUCGUCUGACAGUUUCCCGGGGACACUGCAGCAGUCUGGAGGGAGGCAGGGAGCCAAUCCUCGCGUCUGUCACCGGGACACGACCCGCUCUGUGGGAGUGAGACGCCACUCUGAUGGGCUGUCCGCUCCACUCAAGGCUGAGCUGUAGUGUCACGGCCCCACAUCGCUGUGUAUCUGAGCUCAGUGGACGGAUGUGGGGGGAUGAAUUGUACCUUGUGUUGGAUGUACUGUCCUUCUGCAUGCUGGGAUGACGCUGACCUUGACUGCGUGACAUUUGCUGUCAUGAUACUUUGUUAUUAAUGCCUGUCUCAGCUGAACUGUCCUUCUGCAUUGACAACUAUUGAUAUUCAUUUAUUUUUUAAGAAUCACCAUGGAGGCUCAUCUUUCCUUCUUUGCUUGCCUCAUGUUUUACUGUCUGCUGCUCAAAUGCACUAAAACCUUUCACUACUUCAUUGAGCUCGCGGAGAUUCUGAGAGAACGAUUAACAAACAUUAGCAGAGAGGAAUGUCCUGAACGUGCCCUCGUACUCACUGAUGCUUGCUACCUGUGCAGGUAUUGAAGAAAGUUUGUAGCAGAUGGGAGGCUGGGACGGGAGUUUCUGACACUGAUGAGGUUUACAGCUUAUUUCAGAUUCUUAUACACUACAUUGAUCAGUGUGAGAACCAAUCGACCAAACAUUUCUUUGGAUCCAUGCAGCUAUUCUUUACAUUCCCACUCAACUUCCCGCACUUUCAGUUUGUCAGACAUUAUGUGUCAGAUGGUAGUCGCAGCACUUUUAUUUUGAAAACUACCAUGUAAUUCAAGGAGAGCCAAUGACCUGUGGUCUUAAUAUGAACUGAGCUUGUGUUAUAUUCCACUAAUAAAUCCAGGAAGCAAUAUCAGACAUAAACAUGCAAUAGGUCAUUUUUGUUAAUGAAGUUUCAUAGGAGGAAAAGCCAGAGGUUUGUUCCGUGGCUGUUAAACGACUUGUUUUGCCUUUGUGGUGACUGCAGUGAGCCUUCUGUUGAGAACUCGCGUCUUACUUUUCACUCGUGUGUUGGAGAAAGGGAAUAUUUCUUAAUCGGGUCCUUACGUCAUUCCUUUUGUUGUUUUGAUGUUUUUUCCUCUGCUCACUCAAACUUUCUGUGUUACUGCAACAAGACGUUAACGCGUUUGUUUACUUUGUUUUCAUGCACGUGUACAUUCAUUUCCUCCGUGUCAUUUUUAAAAGUAUUUGUCCAUGAGAACCACAACCUUAUUUUUUUUUUCUCUUUAACAUCCAUGUGUGAGAAUAUGAUAUAUUUGUUUUUUGAGAAAAUGGCAAAAAAUCUGAGAGGAAACUUGCUAAAUGUUUUUUGUGCAUUCCGACAGAAGGAAAUAUUUUUCAGUUGAUAACUUAAGCUAUGCAUAAUUUAAGAUCAUUGUCUCAGUUUUGCUUAUAUAUUGUGUUGUGUGAUCGACCUCUUUGGGCUGGUUGUGCAAGUUUGUGAACCGAGGUUAAGAAAGAUCCUAUUUUAUGUUUUGUUUGUUUGUAAAUAUGUAUGUGUGUGUAUGAACAAACCAAGUGAUGACUAUAUUAUAAAUAUAUAAAUAUAUAUAUAAAUAUUUGAAGGAAUAAUACUACA